CGCUGCUUACAUCCAUCACCAAAAUGAUGGCCACAUAUAUGGAAUGAAGCAAGAUAAAGAGAGAUAGCAAUCACCUUCUUAAAUGACUUCUUCUAAUACCAAACUACCUCUCAAUUCAGCAUAAUAUCGAAGCAAAAUGGCCAGUCCACGCACCCACACCCUAGACAACCUCCGCACGAGCCUAACAGCCCUCGUAAUCCUGCACCACGCCUCUGUCCCCUACGGUGGCGCAGGCUCCUGGUCCUACACCUCCCCUCGCUACUACCCCAAUAGCUCCCCUGCUCUCGUCCUCUUCAACGUCACAAACCAAACGUUUUUCAUGGGCUCUUUCUUCCUCGUCUCCGCGUACUUCUCCUCUAUCGCCGCGAAGAAGAAAACUAGAUUACAGUUUGUGCGUGAGAAGUGGAGGAGGCUGGGUGUGCCGACGAUGGUGUUUUGUUUGGUGAGAGGGGGACUGUUGAGGGGGGUUUUGGCGGGGAGGUUGAGGGGCGAGGAAUGGGAGGUUGUGGGGAGGGAGGUUUGGGAGGGCAUCAAGAGUGUGAGGGGGGUUGGGGGGCCGGUUUGGUAUUGUGCUACGCUUUUAGCUUUUGAUGCGGUGUUUGCUGGUGUGCUACCGGGGUAUUUUAACCAUACGGAGUCGCUGACGGCGAGCGAGAAAGUGGUCUCGGGCUCCGUCUCUAGCGAGGUCAAGACCAGCGCGUCGUCGGUGGUGACGCGAUCUACGACGAGCGUGGUCAACCCCGCGGAGGAACCACAGUCCUUCCGCACAACCCACGUUCUAGCUACUCUGACCUUGAUCUCGACUUCAUCCUUUUUUAUCCGACUCCACUACCCAGUAGGCCGAGCAUUCUGGCCCUUGUUCCUCCAGCUGGCGUAUGUAUCCCAAUACGUUACUUACUACACCGCCGGCAUCUACAUCCACCGCUCCGGUCGUUCACUUCAAAACGCCAUCUCUUCUUCCACGUUACGGAUAGUCGGUACUAUAACUGCUUUUAUCGCCUCUCUUAGCUUCUUUCACAUCAAGUCCCUACUCGAUACCGGCUUGUCUUUCUCCGAGAUCGUCCCCCUCAUUUUCGGCGGCCCCAACCUACUCGCGUUCCUCUACGCUUUCUUCAACGAGUUCGCUGGCUUAUCUCUCGCUUCGCUUCUUUUGAAAGCUUUCUAUAAUCCGCGUUUGGCGUUCCUGAGCAAGCGCUGGAUGGUUGGAGCCGUGGAUGUGGCGAAGUACAGUUAUGCAGCUUUUUUGGUUCAUGGGCCAGUGGUCCUCGAUUUGCAGUGUUGGUUUGGAAAGAAAGGCUGGGAAAGUAUGGGGGCGGUGGCAUCGGCGGUUGUAGUGGGGGCUUUGAGUGUGGGUGAGUCGUGGGUUGUUGGGGUGGUGUUUAAGAAGGGUGUUGAGUGGAUGGGUUGGAGAGGGUAUUUGUGAUUGACUUGAGAGUAGCAGGGUUGGAUGAUGCGGUCGUGGGAGGAAAGU